CAGGAGGGCAGGGCAGGGCAGGCAGGCCUUUCGGCACAGACUGGACCCUGUUGGCCUGGACAGCAGGCUCAUGCUCUGCUGGUGCUGACAGAGAGAAGGUGUAGGGGCACGGGAGAAAAUUCCUCCGCUCCGUGGGUUCUCUAGGGCUGGUUGAGCAAGCAAAUUAACUUCAGACAGAUUAGUAGGAGAAAAAGACCAAAUUUAAUUACAUACGCAUGGAGAAUCUACAGGCUGUCAGCUCUGCAGCGAGGGUUUGUAGCUGAGCUAAGGAAUGGGACAGGGGCCUGGAGGGAGGAGGAAGGGAGGGGGCCUCACAUGACAGGGACAGGGUGACUCAUCGCCAAACCAGAUGCCCUGCCAGCUCUCUGUGAUAGAAAGGGGUUUCUCAGAUGACCCUAAGCCUGGGUAGGCUUCCUCCUUGACGGGUAUGGCACCAGAUUCUCUUGAAGCCCACAUGCCCUGGUGCCGGGUGUUAGAAAAGGCCAGCUCUGGACACCUUGAAAAAAAGCCUGUUUGAGUAUUUUGUGGAGAACUGGCCUUUAAAGGAAGCUGCCUGGUGAUGAGCCUGGGGUCUUGGAAUCACAGAGGCCUCAAGAUCCUGGCUGGAGCCAGACCCCCCUUGAAGGGCUCUGUGAAAAUGGGCGUACCCAGGCCACACUCAUUUAACCCGAGGCUUAGGAAGGUGAGGCAAGCGGUCAGCGGCUCCAUCUGUGACCAUCAGCGUCUCCUGCCUCCAGCCACACGUUCUAGGGCUCCAAAGGCCACGGGCACGAUGCUUCGAGUCCUGGUGGGGGCUGUCCUCCCCGCCAUGCUGCUGGCCGCCCCACCGCCCAUCAACAAGCUGGCACUGUUCCCGGACAAGAGUGCCUGGUGCGAGGCCAAGAACAUCACCCAGAUCGUGGGCCACAGUGGCUGUGAGGCCAAGUCCAUCCAGAACAGGGCGUGCCUAGGACAGUGCUUCAGCUACAGCGUCCCCAACACCUUCCCGCAGUCCACAGAGUCGCUGGUGCACUGCGACUCCUGCAUGCCGGCCCAGUCCAUGUGGGAGAUUGUGACCUUGGAGUGCCCUGGCCACGAGGAGGUACCCAGGGUGGACAAGCUGGUGGAGAAGAUUGUGCACUGCAGCUGCCAGGCAUGUGGCAAAGAGCCGAGUCCAGAGGGGCUGAGCGUCUACGUGCAGGGCGAGGACGGGCCUGCCGCCCAGCCUGGCUCCCACCCCACCCCAUCCCCACCCUCACCCAGCUGGGCAGGCCCCUGAGCCUGAGGACCCCCCGGGGGCCCCUCACCCUGAGGAAGAGGGGGCUGAGGACUGAGGCCCCCAAGGCUUCCUCCCCUCUCGUCCCCUGUGGCACGUUGGGUCUCGCCCUCCGGGGAGGAGUUGGGGGAGAGGCAGGAGCCCUCCCUUGGCACUGGAUGGACUUGGAUUGAGACUUGGACAUGGAGUGCUUCCUGGUUGCCGUGGAGAUCUGAAGGGGGGUGGGAACCCAGUGACACAAUUUAAUAUAUUCAAGAGUGGGGGGAGGGAGGAAGCAGAGGUCUUCAGGGCUCUUUAGCGGAGGGGUUCUCUCCUUUCCGCCUCUUAAUGAUGUGCGCUGGGCAGCGGGAGGAAGUUGGCUGAGCUGCUGAGGCAGGGUGAGGCCGUUCAAGAUGGCGGAGCCAGGCUGAGGCCCAACAGCCCCUGGUGGGUCAGGGCCCCCCCGGGGGUGCAGACGGUGGUGCCGGGACCUGAGCUGAGGUGGGCACCUCCCCAGCAGCAGGAAGACCAUUGGCAGAAGCAGAGAGCCCUACCCCCAUAGGCUACCCCAAAGGCCUCCCACCCACUCCCCAUGCCCAGGGCAGCCUCUCUCCGGUGGCACCAAGUGGCCCUCCCUUGAUGGCGUGGCUGGGAGUCAGGCCUGGGCAGGACCCUGCUGACUCAUGGCCCUGGAGCUGGGAGCCAAGCUCUGGGCCUCUCUGGUUUCUGUGGCUUUGGGGUGAUGGGGCGGGGAGGGAGAAGCCCUCCUGACCAGUGGGCAGGGGUGACCCCCUACCACACCGUCACUGCGGAAGAGUAGUGCUGCCUCCCUCUCUGAAAUCCCUAUACCCCACGCCCCCAAAUUCUAGGCUCCUCAGGAGCUGAGAGAGCCAAUCAGUCUCACCCUCUGGGGCUGCUCUUUCUGAAUACCUGAUAGCUGGGAGGGGGUGCCCUUCCCCAGAGGUUUCAAGGUGAGACCUGGAUUGGAUGGAUUCUGGCUGUGCCCCCAGAAUCUAAGAGGAGGGAGGGUGCAGGCUUGUGGGGGCAGCGGUGUUCACUGCGUUGCGUGGCGGCCCUCUGGCUGUCCAAUCUCACCCGCCUCCCCACUUCCAGCUGCACUUUAAUACUUGGGGAAUGUGGGGGCCCUGGAGAGGAGGGCAGUGAAGGCCACCCCUCAGCACCCAGAACUACCUGCCAGCCCUGCCAGCCCCCUGCCUGGGGUUCUCUGGUGUCGACUUCUGACAAGAGCUUCUGGAGCUUGUAACCAAUAGAUUGUCUCCCUGACGGACCCUGAGUUUUCUCAUGAAUAAACUCAUUCAAUGCCUGGUCCUCUUUCUCCCCGACUGGCUCUGCUGACCUGGCUGUGGAUUCCCCUGCCCCAUGUAGGCCUGGGAGGGAGGGUUGGGCUACGUAGCCCCACAGCCCCUCCCUGCAUCAGCACCCGCUCCUCUCCUUGUGCAUCCCUAGCCCUCACCUCUUCCUCUGGUGCCCGCUGCUUGCCAUUUGGGUGGGCCUCCAGGUCUGGCUGAGGUUUUCUGGUUUUGACCCCAGCACCCCUUAUCCUUGCCUCAUGCCAACUCUUCCCCAUCACAGGGACUCAGCAUCAGGCCUUGCCUGGACCCCAGCCUGGCCUGGCCCAGGAGGAGAGGAAAAGGACACCACCAGUGGUCACCAGUUAAUAUGCUAGUGGGGUGCUGUCUUAAGGACUUGACGUGAUUAACCUGCCUUGCUCUCACCCCCAACCUGUGAGGCAGCAGUUGCCCUCAUUUUGAAGGUGCCCAGGACCACAGAGUUGGGAAUUGUCAUCACCCGCCUCGUACCCAAGUAGCCUGGCCUCAGUGGUGGCCAUUUGCUCUCACUGCCAUUUGCCUAACUGGGUGCUUGACAGCCCUGGAGCCUUGUCCCCUCACAAUGACACCCCGUGCAAUUGAGCUGGGUCACCCCAGAUUCUAUACUGGGGCAUGGUAGGCCUGGUGGUGUCAUGGGAGAGGGCUGUGGCCCCUUCCCCCUUGCACACACUGCUGUAACCGCCACACGCCAGGUGGUCUGCAUCUGUUACUUCGAAUUCAUGGAAAAUUCUUAGUUUGCAUGGAGAAGACCUUGGACCAUUACACCUGGAAGUGAUUUGCUCAGCCUGGGAAGCAGCAGUGCCCUGAUUCUAAUCCAGCACCCUUCUGGCAAUGCUGGCUGUGUGGCACUCACAUGAUCUUUCCUUUCAUGUCUGCUCUGUGCUGUCAUGCAGGUGGGGGCUUUCCGGUCCAGAAUGCCCUUGUUCAAGUCGCAGGACACAGCCUGCGCGACCACCCAGGGUGGCCUGCACCCCUCAAGGUGGAAUUGGCUUAGGGAAAAGUUUAUGUCCUGCAUGCAGACUCGGGUACCCCGUGUCUGGUAAGGACAACCCUAUGGACCAUAGUCACUGCACGUCUGCAGGUGAGGGCUGACUCCAGGGCACAGAGAAAGUGUUGCCAGGGUCCAGGGAACUCAGGGAUCAGGUUCAAGUGAAGGACUCCUGCCGGGUCCUUAGUGUCGGGCCUCAGGCCCCAGCACAGUCUUGGCAGAGCGAGUCUCGGUCAGGAGCCGCCUGCAUCCUCUGGAACUAGGCGGGGUGUAAAUACAUAGCCACAGUAAGAGGCUGAAGGCAGGAAGGCGGCUGGAGGCCGGCCUGAAAUGCCAGGCCGAGUUCAGACUUCGUCCUUUCUGCACUAAUGGCCCAGGAGCUGCCUGCGCAGAGCUGGGUUUCAGCGAGGCCGAGAGGAAGGGGGCACAGGCCGGGCACUAGCU